AGUCUCUUUCGUCACAAGCAUUUCUCUCUCUCCAGAUCUUUAAAUACCUGACCUAACUGUACUAACCUUUUAAUUAUUUCCACAAUUCUGAUCAAUUCAACUGUGUAUCAAAUGCUACAAUAAAGUUUUAAAGGAAAUGGAGAACGGAAAAGUACACAACGGAGGAGUUUCCUCGUCGGAAACCUUCAACGGCGGAGAAGAUGUAUUUAGUUCUAAACCGUCUGAUGCUUCUACCGCCGAUCAUCUUGUUAUGAUGGUACACGGUAUUCUCGGAAGUGCUUCGGACUGGAAGUUUGGUGCGGAGCAGUUUGUUCGGAAUCUUCCCGACAAAGUUUUUGUUCAUUGCAGUGAACGUAAUAUGGCUAAACUAUCGUUGGAUGGUGUGGAUGUAAUGGGAGAGCGAUUAGCUGAGGAGGUUCUUGAUGUGGUCAAAAGAAGGCCAGGUUUGAAGAAAAUUUCUUUUGUUGCACAUUCGGUUGGAGGAGUAGUGGCAAGAUAUGCAAUUGGGAAAUUAUAUAGACCUCCACGAACGGACAAUGUGCAGAAAUUCUCGGAUGAUACCAGUGAAGAAGGGUCAAAGGGGACAAUAGUCGGCCUGGCACCAAUAAAUUUCAUCACUGUUGCCUCACCUCAUCUGGGUUCCAGGGGUAACAAGCAGGUGCCAUUUCUUUUUGGUGUAACUGCCUUUGAAAAAGCUGCUGGGCUCUGUGUUCAUUGGAUAUUCAAGAAAACGGGCCGACACCUUUUCCUUAACGAAGAUGAAGGAAAGCCUCCAUUACUAAGACGGAUGGUGGAAGAUGAUGGUGAAUUACGCUUUAUGUCUGCAUUAAGUUCAUUCAAGCGAAGGGUCGCAUACUCAAAUGUUGGUUAUGAUCAUAUUGUAGGUUGGGGAACAUCAUCAAUUAGACGUAAUAAUGAACUGCCUAAGUGGGAGGACUCCUUAAAUAAGAAGUAUCCUCACAUUGUGUAUCAAGAACAUUGCAAGGCGUGUGAUGGUGAGCAGGGUGAGUCUGUUGUGAAGGAAGGUGAUCAUUUUGACAAGCUAGAAGAGGAAUUGGUGACUGGUUUAUCUCGGGUAUCCUGGGAGAAAAUAGAUGUCAGCUUUCACAGCAGCAGGAACAGAUUUGCUGCACAUAGUGUUAUUCAGGUCUCCCUCUUUCUGUACUCCCCUAGCAUUAUCUCUCUCUCUAUGCCUAUCUCUCUCUCGCCUUAAUACAAACAAUUUCAUCAAUGCACAAAGCCUUCUUUUUAAAUAUAUUUU